CAUUAGUCAUUUCGGGAUGAACCGUGCGCAGUUUGCAGCGAUUGGGACGAUCGAAGUCAGUGAAUAUUGCGUCGAUUUCAGUGUUGUCGAGAGAGUUAAUAGAUUAUUUGAAGAGGUGCGCGAUCGAGAUCACCGCUGAAAGGCUUGUUGGCUCCUUUUUUUUCUACAGUGAUAACGAGUUUUCAAUUUGUUAGGAAUAAGCCAGCCGGUGAUCGUCACUCAUCUGUGCUACUAUUAAACGAGGAUCGAUAACCUCUCUGUUGACAGGGAAUAAAGAGAUAAAUGUGACGCGAUCUCAAAAUCGAGACACAUCAGCAAAACGUAGAUUAAUUUAUUACAUCCAUUCAGAAAACAUACGUUCACCCGUUGUUUCUUCCGUAUCAGUAAUCGCGCGGAAAACAGUGAUGCAUGAAACGUUUCGAUAUUACGAGGCACGUGUUUGUAUUGGAGUAAGAGUUACUCUGUGUAUGUAUGUGUGUGUGUUCAUGUGCGCGCGCGUUGAGUGUAUGUGUUUGCGUGCGAGUGUAUAGCCGUGUGUGUGCACCAGGUGCACUGUUGCAUCCCUCUUAUGAGUGCCAUGCACCGUUUAGACUACAGCCAUAAUGUCAUCCCGAAGGCUACUUCUUAGUAAUUCACAAAGGGUUCACUCUUCCAUGAAAUACAGCGCAUGGAUACUUUCCAGGCAAUACCUAGCACGUACCUUGCUAGCGAAGUAUUCGUGGUAGAUCCUCGGUGAAUCAAGAGCAUGGCUUCUGGCGCAUCUUCCUUGGAUAGUGCUGGAAGUAGUGAUGGAGCACUCAAUAUGGAAAGAGAUAGCGGAGGCUAUGGCAGUGUCGGAAGUCCUGUUGGUGGUCCUGAAUGUCAUAGUGAUUAUGAUGGUUUGCAAGCUCAAUGCGAUCAGGCCAUGCAUCAGCUUCAGCUACUUAGGCAUAAGCACUCCGAUACUAUAAGACGGUGUGAGCAUACUAUGAAGGAAUUGGAAUACUAUCGAGGACAGCACAUACCAGUCAUGAAUCAGCUGGAGGCAACAUCACAAGAAAGCUCCGCAUUGCGGGGCAAGUAUGGAGAUUUAGUAAAUGAUAAACAACGUCUUGACCGGGAGGUUCAGGCAUUGCAAAAGGAAGUGUCUGAGCUACGAUGUCAGAACCAAGAAGUUCUUGUUUCUGACACCACUAAUAGUGAUGCUAUGAAUCAACAUUAUUUAUCUGCACUUCGAAAAUAUGAAGCGGUCAAAGACGAAUAUGAUGCUCUUAGAAAACGGUACGAUGAUUUGAUAUCAUCACAUUCAUCUGCUGUUAAUAAGUUGGAACUAUCACAAGAAGAGGCUGCCAGAUUGAAAAAACAGUAUGACGAAGUUGUUCAAGAGCGCAAUAGCGCAGUUCGCGAACGUAAUGGUUUGAAGCAACAAUGUACUGCUGCAAUCAGGCAAUGGGACAUUGCCUUGAGGGAACGAAACGAGUACCGUGAAGCCUUAGCCAAAGUGCAGCAGCAACAUGAAGAAGCAGUGAAGGAAAUCAACCAUGCAAUGGUACUACGAAUGAAGGCUAGCAAAGAUAUGAAACGAUUAACGGAAGAAAGAAAUGCCGCAUUACAAGAAUACAGUUUAAUUAUGGGCGAACGAGACACGGUACACAAAGAAAUGGAAAAACUUGGGGAUGAUCUUACACAGGCAUACGCGAAGGUCACGCAUUUUGAAAACCAGAAUAAACAGUUUAUGGAAGAGAAAAAAGCUUUAUCCUAUCAAAUUGAAACUCUACGGAGGGAAAUUUCUUCAGCUUUGCAAGAUCGAGACGAAGCUUUAAAGCAAUCCAAUCAGUUGCGCCAGAAGUUUGGAGAUUAUUCCGAGGGUUCUAACCGUGAUUACAAAAAUCGUAUGGAACUACAUUCGUAUAAUCGCGAACGGGAUAAUUCAAGUAAAGAAGCUGAAAGAGAAAAUAACACUGCAGAUUAUACUAAAAGAGACAAAGAACGUAUGGAUAACUUGGAUCAGGCAAAUUUGGAAUUAGAUAAGCUCAGGAAAUCGGUAGAUAAAUUGCAAGCAGAACUCGAGGAAGCCCUUCAAGAGGCGGAAGUUUCAAAACGAAGAAGAGAUUGGGCUUUCAGCGAAAGAGAUAAAAUAGUGUUAGAGAGGGAAAGUAUUAGAACUUUAUGUGAUCGAUUAAGAAAAGAGCGUGAUCGUGCAGUGUCGGAAUUAGCGGGUGCUUUACGCGAUUCUGAUGAUAUUAAAAAACAACGGAACGAGGCGUCAAAGGAGCUGAAAGAUCUCAAGGAAAAGAUCGAAUCUGGUGAUCACGCAUUAAGAUCAAGUCAAUUUGCGCAAGGUUUGGCGCAUUCCCAUGACUCUGCAAUCGACACCGAUAUCAAUGAUUGGGAAAUUCUUACCAUUCAUUUUGAUCUUAGUCGACUGUGUUUAGAUACAGACCGUGAUUUGGGAGUGACACUGGUCGGAGGUCGUGACAGUCCGUAUUAUCCAAAUGACACGGGAAUUUACGUUGCUCAAGUUACAACAGGUAGCGCGGCGGAAGGAAAAUUAAGAGUGAACGAUUGCAUUAUGCGAGUAAACAAUGUCGAUUGCACAUCGGUUUCUACGCGUGUCAUAAUGGAAACUUUGCGUACAUGUUCGGUGAGUUCUGCUACGUUGACAGUAAGAAGACGACGUGUUACUAGAAGAUCAUUAAGGACAACACAACUACCGGUUGGAUCAGUUCCUCAUGGAAUCUCUUUGGAACUUGGUGUGUACAUUUCAAAGAUAUCACCUGGCAGUUUAGCCGCAAAGGAUGGUAAUCUUGCUGUUGGAGAUAGAGUUCUAAAUAUUAAUAGCAAAACUAUGGAAGGCAUAAAUUCCAGUCACGAAGCGAUGGCAAUUUUAAAUGACACGAGCACAGAUGUUUUAACUAUUACGACCCUCAAGGGAAUACCGUUACCUUCGGCAACUAGUUCUGAGACAAUGACCAUCGAUGGUAGCUUUAGCGCAGAGAAACAGAAAAUGGUAAACAGUUGUUCGCAAACGGAGCAAGAGAGAAUGAUGAUGAAGACAGCAUCCGACGAUUACGACAGGAGAUAUCUAGCGGCCAACUUCGGGGACAGAAGUGUUUACAAAGUUUCGAAGUCGGUUAGUAGUGAAAAGCCAAGUGGUAUUAGUAAUGCUUGGGACAACAUACGAGAGAAGAUCGACAUAGUACGAGGACGUAAGCACAGUAAGGAUCGAGAAGAAAAGAAGAAACGGCAUCGUAAUUCCAGUCCGAAUACCUUCGAGCAGGAGCAAGAUGCAAUAGCGGAAUUAGACUCGGUGAUAGAGAGUUAUCACAAAAAAGCAAAUAACGGGGUAUUGAAACGAAGUAAGCGACGCGGAACCGAAAAGAUUGAGAAGAAUGGAGGUACGUGGCCGAAAGCGAGAGGUGGGCCUUUAAUACAGAAUGGUACCGGUACUAUUUUACACCCACGUAAGACAAAAGAAAGGCUGCCCUUAAGUGUUCUCCUUAAUCAACCGCCCAAGUAUGACUGUUAUAAUUAUAAUCGUAUUUCUAAUCCUAUUCCCUUAACCAGUUUCUCCAAUGUGAAUAAUCGGCAUACAGUUUAUAAAUCCGUAGAAAAACCAUUACCAAACUUCCUCAAAACUGGACAAUUAUUUAGUCAGAAAUCCUUUACUCCAGUGGUGCAGUUCAAAGAUAUCCCGCUAGAUAAGAAACCGACGGUCGAAUUCGAGAACACGGAAAGUAGACUGAGCUCUACGCUGACACCGUCCGAAACUAGCAUCGACUUCUCCUUGAAGUCGGGUAACACGGGAAAAGACGUAGAAUAUUUCUCGAAGAAGAGGGCGCAAAAAUAUAUUCCUAGCAACGAUAACCAAGUAGAGACGUUGCAACAUAAUAGAGCGCAAUCUCAACUUUAUUCUGGGGCCGGAUCAUCAACUUCGUCGACCAGCGGCACGAGGCAGCAGCUAACUGGUAAUUUUUCAUUUCCUCCCUAUACGCAUUCGCAUCCGCAUCCCCAUCAACAGAACUCUUUACCUUCGAGAUACCCUUCCCCGCCAUCUUUGCCGUCUGCACAGUCCGGGGAGUCAAUAGGACUUCCUGAUGCACGAUCUUACUGUUUCGAACCUUCGUAUAGCCCCGGCCCGCAAACAGGAUUCGGGCAUUUGCACACACCCUCCGUAGAUUUGCAUUAUCACAAAUCUCGCGCUCCACCGAUCGGCACUACAUACGACGUACCGGCAUACACGCAUGGCUACGAAGGUGGAACAUUUCCAAGAAAGAAGGAAAAUCAACGUUUUCGAAUACCGUCAAAUCCUAGUGUUACAUCAAAAAGCAGCGUGGGUAAAUUGUCUACUGGCAGUAUAGAAAGGACAUCGGAAAGAGGCAGCCCGAUGCCGACAUUCCACGUGGAAGUACUUAGUCCUGGCACCGGAGGCGGAAGUAGCUCUGGAGGAACGGUCAGAGGAAGUAGUAACAAUAAACGGUCUAGCAUGCCAGAAUAUUGUUAUUCUCAAUGUAGGCCGGCCCCUGGAGAACUUCGCAGGGUUCAUAUAGACAAGUCGGUUGAGCCGUUAGGAAUUCAGAUUUCUUGUUUGGAAAGCGGUGGUGUGUUUGUCUCCACUGUUAGUGAACACAGUUUAGCGUCUCAAGUCGGUCUUCAAAUUGGCGAUCAGUUACUCGAAGUCUGCGGUAUUAAUAUGAGGAGUGCCACGUAUCAACUUGCUGCCAAUGUGUUGCGUCAGUGCGGUAAUUCCAUUACGAUGCUGGUGCAGUACAGUCCAGACAAAUACAACGAAUUAGAAGGAUCUGCUUCUUCGAGCUCGUCAGAAGCUGGUGGUGCUCAGGGUGGUAGUCGUAGUGGAUCACCGACUCCUUGUAAUAGUCCCGAAGCUACAAGAAAACCAACAAUCGAGUUGGAGAGUUCAGAACCUGAACGCGAUGCUUCCAGUAGCUUAAGUACAAAGCGCGAGGCAUCCAACACAUUAACUAUCAUGCGCGAAACUUCAAAUACCUUGGAACCACCUCGCACCAUUCGAGAAAGAGAUAUUAGGAAUUCUGCCUCCUUGGAAGUGCGAGGUACCGAAGAAAGAGAGCGACAAAUUAGAGCAUCAGCGUCCUUAGAUAUCAACAUUAGGAAACCAGAACUUCGCAGUUCAGCUACAUUAGAAAAUAUGCGUAAUUCGGUAACUCUUGAUACAUUGCGUGGUACUGCCAAUUCACUCACACGCGCACAGCUAAAUCAGGCAGCGACUACGUUGCAACGACAAAAUGCUACCGUGAGAAGUCCUACGCAAGAAGAACAAAAUCGUAAGAGUCCACCGCCAAGUGAACCUAGGUACUUAUUCAUUGAGACCAGAAAAUGCUCGAAUUUAGGUAUUUCGCUUGUUGGUGGAAACGGCGUUGGAAUAUUUGUACAUUCGGUACAACCAGGUUGCCUUGCUGAAGAGGCAGGUCUACGUACCGGCGAUCGUAUUCUAGAAUAUAACGGUGUAGAUCUCAGGCAAGCGACUGCAGAACAGGCAGCUCUGGAAUUGGCUAGGCCAGCAGAUAAAGUGACGUUGAUUGCUCAAUAUGUACCUGACAGGUAUAAUGAAGUAAAAGAUAAACCAGGGGACAGUUUUUAUGUAAAAGCGAUGUUCGAUCGAGUGGGCGAAGUAGGAGAUAGCCUACAACUUAGAUUUAAUAAAGAUGAUAUUUUAUAUAUCGACAAUACCAUGUUCAAUGGUACUCCGGGCCAUUGGAGAGCUUGGAUAGUCGAUCAAACUGGAAGAAGACAAACCUGCGGAAUUAUUCCGAGCAAAUUCAAGGUUGAAGAAGAUUUACUUUUAAGACGUUCAAUGGGUGACUUGGAAACAGACACCACUAGACGAGGCAGUACUAGUGCAAGAAGAAGUUUCUUCCGUCGGAAGAAACAUCAACGUUCUUCCAGUAGGGAUAGUAAAGAAUUAUCACAUCUUACUGGAGUAAAUUUGGGUUGGUACAGUGAUAGUGGCACAUUGAAUGAGGAAACUCUUCCAGCGAGUUAUCAACGCGUCGAAAGAUUGGAUUAUCCAGCUUUAAGACCAGUAUUGAUUAUUGGGCCGCUAAGCGAAUGUGUAGUAACAAAACUAUUGCAAGAAUUUCCUGGACAAUUCACUAGGUGUCUCGCAGAAGCGAUGCACUGUUCUCAGUCAACACUCGAACAAGGUUUGCGUGACGCACUUUACGUAGACUACAGAAAAAAAGGAAGCUAUUUCGAGUGUACUACAGUACAAGCUGUCAAGGACAUAUGUGAGAAGAAUACUCAUUGUAUCUUGGAUGUAGCAAUUGCAUCGAUUGAGCGACUUCAUCGACAUCAAAUAUAUCCAAUAGUAUUAUUGAUUAAAUUCAAGAAUACAAAGCAAAUUAAGGAAGUCAAGGAUUCCAGGUAUCCAAGUGAUAAAGUUAGUGCUAAAGCUGCAAAAGAAAUGUAUGAACAAGCACUUAAAUUUGAGGCCGAAUACAAGCAUUAUAUUUCUGCUGUAAUACCUGCCGGAGUUAAUGUAGCGUAUAUAUGUACGCAAGUGAAAUCUGCUGUAGAUGAAGAACAAAGCAAAGCGCUGUGGGUCCCAAGAGGGCUUCCCUGACGUUUAAGGGGGGGUCCCCACAAACCACAGUGGAAAUCAAUCUAAAUUCCACCAGGGGGCCCUUAUGCUGUACGAUUAUACAAAAUUUUUUCAAAUUUGUUUAUUUAUGGUCUCUUAUUUACUUUGACAGUAUAUAACGUUUUCAAUGCUAUUUAAGAAUAUGUUGCAACAUUAUUUGAAAUAUUUCGGUUGUGAUGCAACUUGUUGAAAGUUGCAAUGUUGUUCCUUUUCUUUAAUGUAUUUUAGCGCAUCGAAAUAUUUUGAUGUAAGUCACGUAUUUUAUUAGAGUAAUUAUUUUACUAAAUUUGUUUUAAAUUUUGAAUUUUCAAUUGUUGUUUUUUACUAAAUUUUGCAGAGCAUACAACAGAAUUCAUAUCAAAUAAACUCUUAAUAUAUAUACGUCAAAAUAUCGUACUUCGUAAUAUUAAUUAACAAAAAUUAUAAGAUAAUCAAUUUUGUAUCAACUUCAUGUCACAUUUUGCAUUUACUUUCCAUAUGAAAAUAAGAAAAUAUCAGUGCAUUGCUUUUUAGCAUUUAUUCCAUUGUUCAUAUUCAAAUCAUUUAUUGAUGACAAAACUCUAUACAAACGUUUCUUACCUAUGCAUGAAGAGAACGAAACAACUCGCUGUUUUGUCAUUUUGCUUCGAACCUCGAUCAAUCGUAAUUUUCUUGCAAAGGUUGCAAUAUUCUUUAUGGUAAUGCGAUGAACAGUAAUUAGCUCGAGACCAUAAAUGAAUUUGUCUGGAGUAAACAUAAAAAAAUCUAUUCGUCGUACCGUGGCCCGCUAGACAGUUGGUGGAUGAACAUAAAAGUUAUUAGUUAGCAAAUAUGGUUUAGUCAAACGCGUUUUUAACUAGUUUUGUUAACCUCUCAAAUCAUUUCGUUGUACAAAAUGAUUUCGCGUGAUUAAUAUUAUUGUACAGAGGAUGUAAUAUUAUAUAUGAAAAAGAAGUUACUUAUUUGUAUAUAAUUUCCUUACAGUAUGUAUGGAGUAUAUGCACAUUAAUUUUUAGUUUGUUCGAAUCGGUUAGAUUUAAGUUGUACCUUUAGUCAUAACGUUUUUGUAAAACUGAUUAUAUAUAAUUAAUUCGUAAUGAAGAGCAAUCGGUUUGAGAGGUUAAAUUUUUAAUGUUCUGAAUUGAAGAACUAACAAACGCGAUGAAGAAGAAAUUAUGGAAUUGAUAGAUGACGGUUCAUUUUUUACCGUCGAAUUUGUAAAUAUCUAAAAAUAAAAGAUAAGCGGUAGAUGUCAGCGAUAUAAACUAACUUGAUAUUACAUUAUACGUAACAAAGUAAUACGUAAUGGUGUGCAUUAUUGCUCUUUUUAUUUUUAAGAUUCAAAUUAUUUUAUAAAUUUUCACUAUGAUGGUGUUUUUUAAAGGAGUUUAAAAUGCUCCGAAGUAUUUUUUGAGAAAAUAUAUUAGAAACGCGCGAAUACGUACCGUUACGUGUCUACAUUCAGAAUUUGUUGAAGAUUUCGAAAUAUUUUUGCAAGCGUUUGACAUUCUUCCAUUAUUAUAUUGCAAUCCUAAUUAUAAUAUUUAAAUCGUUCUUCGUCCGUUUCUGUAAACUAUUUAAUGACAAUCAUAAUGCAAACUUUUAUAUUUUUUAUUGUGCUUGGAUGUAGAUACAAAUUUUAUAAAUAACUAUCAGACAAAAGAGGGUGCAUUGAAUGUACCAAUUUACAGGUAACAAGAAAUGUCUAUCUACAAUGCUUUGAUACUUAAAUAUAUAAAUCUUUCUUUUUUAAACAA